CCCGAAUCUACUCGCAUAGACGCUGGUGGUUAGUGCCAUGGCCGGACCUGCUGAAGUAUGGAUGAAAACGAAAGCAAUGACAGCCUUUUCAACGAAAGCUUCGAUGUCUUCAUUGAUGACGUCCAGGUGGAAGAUACGAUCCCCAGCUGCUCGGUGCUGGGGGAGUACGCCAUCCGCCGCUGCACCGCCCCCCGAGCGCCCCGGACCUGCUUGGGCAGCCGGCUGCCGACGUCCAACGGUCAGAAGCGAUGCCAGUGGAACGACAGGUGCAUGAGAUGCGUUCCGCCUGUGGGAUACCUCAACGACUCAGGCUGCGAUGUGGACGGAGUCUUCUUCCGUAGCGAUGGCGGGUGCCCAUAUGCCACGACCGCGUCCCACUGCAAUGACUGUAGCAUCAUUUACUUGCAGGAGGUUUGUCUGGGCCUUUGCUCAGAGACAUGCGACUGGAGCUCCUUGGCGCGCAUGCGUGGCGAGCUCUGCAGUUCACGCGAGCCACCGCCGGACGACUCUGCCUUGAUCUUCAUGAUUGCGCUGAUUGGUGGAGGUGUUGUCGGCUUUAUUCUCUUAUUUACACUCUGCAGAGCUUUGGCCCGGAUGGUCUUGGCCGCCCGGGAACGAGCGAAGCAGCGACGGUUGAAGGAGCUGAAGAGCCAAUCGAGAAACACAGGCCGCGGCACUGUGGCCAGCAUGCGGGGCACUGUGGCCAGCAACCGUGGGACGGUGAUGAGCACCCGCGACACAGUGGCCAGUCGCGGCACCAUUGCGAGGAGCACCUCAGGCCGCAGCUCUACCCUGGACGAAGGCGAACACAGGCCGCGCCGGAGCUCUCAGGCCUCAAGGGCCUCGAGGGGCUCGAGGGGCUCGGCGUCGGACCAGGACGACGGCGAAGUGGACGAAGUGGUUGGGAGCAGACUAUCCAACCGCUCUGGUGCUGAGGCAAGUGUCGAAGCAGAGGAGGACGGGGAGAAGAACCUGGAAGGUUUGAUGUAAGGCUUCAUAGUGUCAGACAGAGUCAGGUUAGCGCAUCAGCAACACGUUCUCUUUCCAAGGCUUGUUCUCUUUCUUCCCGAGUAAGAGGUUCUUUGGACUGCCAACCAAACUUACAUGUCCUUGGCAUGAUCUCUUUUUCGGGUCGCAAGCGGCUCCUUGGCAUACAGUCCGAAGGAUUGUACCUAAUGUGGCCUCGCCUCGUCUACUUGUAGCGGCACAUUGCUGUGUUACACGAUGACCGUAGCAUGUUCAUGGCAUUUUCAAAGAUUGGCCAGAUGGGGAAGGUUUGCAAAACUCAUACCAUCCCCAUUCACAAGUGCUGUUUCGGACCACUCCUGUAGAACCAGUUGUCGGAGUGCUCUAGCAGACCGAUGGCAGGGACCUUGCACUUGUGUGAAACUUGGGCCGGAGUUGUCCGAGUUGUUUCGCUUUAAAGCCACACAUUGUAGAUCCAA